UUUUUUUGUGUUAGUGCUCUUAAUAUUUUUUGUGAGGAUUAUUCUAAUUUGUGGAGGAUGUCUCGUCGUGGGAUACAGUGCAGGGCGUCCCGCUCUCCUCCUGGGGAUGAGGUGAUUCCCACCGGCGGUGUCUCCUUUGUGAUUCGCCCAGUAUCGGUGAAUGGAUUGGGUCGACAGACAGCUCGGCGAUCCCGUGUUUCGAUUCAUGUGGGUCGUCAGUCGACUCGUCGAUCUCGUCGCUUUACGCCCGGGGAUUGGAGUGACAGGCUCUCCAUUUCCCCUCCUGUGGCCCUUUGGUAUCGACGUAGGUUGGGGCUAUCGGCGUCCGUUACCGCCGCCUUGUUGGUGGGACGGGCUAGACGGAUUUUGGAAGGAUCGGGUGAGUCCCCUUUUCGUUAUGUGGACGUUCCGACUGCCCAUUGUCCUUUUGCGGAGCGUCAGGCCUGGACUCUCUUCGACCGCGUCGGUCUCGUGAACCCGCGGGCUGGUGGCCGUUCUGUGCGCUGUUCUGCUGGCCAUUGUCCAGCUGCUGAGCGUGAGGUUCGGGCCAUCGGUGAUGACAACUCCCAGGAUGGUGGCCAUUCUAAACGACCUUUGCCCGUGGUGCCUGGACCGUCUUCCCUCAGCUGGGGUGGUUCUCGCCCAAGUGCUGGGCAUCCUCGAGGUUCCGGCCGUCGACGAGGAUCCAGGUGUCGUUUCCCAGAACCCCGACAGUCGUCGGUGGUUCCGUCUGGUUCAGCUGUUGCUCCUUAGCUGGAUCGUCUUCGCGGUGUUUGAGGCUGAGGAAAUCCUCGCGGUUCUUCUGUUGCGGCCAUCGUAUUGACCUACCCUGGUUUACUCCGUCCAGGACUUAUAUUUUUUUUUCUUCUUCUUUGAUAAAUA